UGAAUCCUCUCUCCCAGCCAGGCUCUGUUCCUUUGGCACAAGGAAUAUGCUGGACCAUAUCAGGCAUGAAUGCAGAGCAAGUGGUGGUCACUCAGGAAACUCUAAUGGAGCAGUUAGUGAAAAAUUACCCAGGCAUUGCAGUGCCCUCCCACAAUGCGUUAUAUAAUAUCCUUGGCACUCUAAUUAAGGAAAGAAAAAUCUAUCACACAGGAGAAGGAUAUUUCAUUGUGACUCCCAGCACUUACUUCAUCACAAAUGGUGCCACAGAAGACAACAGAAGGAUCCUAUUGGAGGACAGCUGUUGCUGUUCAUCCCUUUCCAUCACUGACCUGGUAAACAUUAAGCCCUGCACAGACCUAGUGAAAGAAAGCAUUCCUAGGGUACCCUGUUCCAGAUCCUGCCAUUGCUUCCCUGGCCAAAAUCAGCUCUGUGAGCAAAGGCAAGGGCAGGUGAGGAGCCCUGGAUCUAAUGCACAGGGACAGAGAGGCUGCAGUGAAUUGAAGUCUUCAGCUCAAACUCAAUGCAUCUCCACAUCUGCUGAGAACCAUUCCUGGGGCACCAUCAAAUCCCUGACGUCUGUGAAAGCAAAACUGAAAAGCAAACUGUUUGGCCUCGGCCUCUUCUGGAGAAGUGGUUCUAAGCAAGAAAAGCACAAGAAGGAGUACUCCACUUUCUCAGGCCAGUUUCCUCCCCAGGAGUGGCCAGUCAGGGAUGAAGGUGACCUGGACAACAUUCCACGUGAUAUUGAACAUGAAAUCAUCAAGCGAAUUAACCCCACUCUUACCGUGGAUAAUUUGAUUAAACACACAAUAUUAAUGCAGAAGUUUGAGGAGCAGAAAAAAUGUAGCAGUGAAGAGAAAAAAUACAUCAGUAAUGGUACCUUGGCUGAAGUGCCAGCACCCGGGCAAAACCACCUCUCAAAGGAUCGUUUUCAAAGGGCACCAAGUAAAACAGCAAAACACACCAGGAAAAGCAGAUCCAAGAGGGAAAAGCAGAUGGGCGGGAAGUCUCCCAGACAGAAGGUAACACCCCAAAAUGUGGAACUGGCAGAGAGCUUUUCCCUGCCCAACAAACCCCAGGAGCCACCUGCUGCAGCAGUGCCAUCCCAGGGGAUCUACAAGAGGCAGAUUAGGAACCCUUUCCAGGGUCUGCCAUGGAGAGCUCGCAGCUUUCCUGCCAGGGGGCACCAGGGCGGUGCCAGCAGCCAGCUCCAGUGCCAGGCUCACAAGGGAGGAAGGGCUUCCCACAGGCCACAGCCCCUGGCCUCCUCAGGACCCUCUGGCUGUCAAACUGAAAGGCUGGGUGCAGAAAGUGAGGCUGGCAAAGCAAAGCAAAACAACCCCCCCCAUGCCCACAGGUCUGACCUUCAAAUAAAAACAGACAUUUUCAGUGAAAGUGGUGGUUAUGCACAAGGCAGUAAUGUGCACAUAGAGAACCAAAGGAGAUACUUCCUGGACAGUAAAAUUUGUGAAGAAAAUGUCUAUAAAAGAACAAUAAAAAGGAAAUCCCAUUGCUCCUACACUGAAGAUAAUGGUGUGUGCGAAAAGGAUGCAAGAUGUCCAUCCCACCUGAAGGGUGAGCAUUGCAGAUGCAAAGCAGACACUGUAUGUGAGCUCUUAGAUCAAACAGCCAGUGACUUUCAAAAUGUCCAUCUUUCAAAUUGCACAGCCAGUGUUAACCUGGCCCCCAAAAACAGUGGGAAAUACAGAGCAAAGACUGAUAAAAAGAGUGAACUUCUGUUUAACCACUCUGGAUCAAGGGAGCUGGAAAGGGAGGGGUUCACUGCUAACUCCCACCUUCUGUACCAAAAGGGACACGAUGGUGACACGUGUCCCUUGUCACACCUGGAUGGCAAUUCUGAGCAGCUGCCCCCUGGCCAUGCCUGCUCAGGCACGGGAAGCUGGAGCACAGCUGUGUCCCUAAAAGCCUCUGAGGUGGACUGAAAAGAAGAUGAAGCUUCCUGCCAAAUUCUAAAAGUAAAAAUAACAAUGCAAAAAGGAGGACAAGUGAAAGGACAAUUGCAACAAAAUUCCUUCCUUCAUCUAACUCUGGUUGUGAAUAUUUGAUUAUUUUUUAAUGAGGUUGGAAAACUUUCCCCUUGUAACAAGGUAACCAUGGAGCUGGUCACAUCAGUGAGGCAGUCUCUAAAUCAAAGCUGUUAGUUCAAACUUUUGACAGCAGUGUUUGGAGAGGUCAUGUGUGUUUUGUUUGCUCUCAUCUUUAAUUAUUUUUUGUGUGUCCCCCUAUGAUAAUAAAAGUGAGAACUGGCAUUCUUCACUGAGACCACA